CUUCCAAUAACACAACAAUAAUAAAAAUCUCCGUUUAUCCCUCCCUCGCUCUCUCUCCUCCCUCCCUCUCUCUAGAAAUGAUGAUAAUUGUCGCCGUGUGAAAUCGUGGCGGUGUGCUCCGUUCACGAGCCUUGACUCUCUACACUGACGCCGACAGCCGUUCUCUCUCUCCUCUCCAGUCAACCCCAAGCCUCCGUGUCGUAGCACAGGUUUCUGCUAUUUUUUCCCGAGAAAAAUUUUUGGACGCUUUCUCGGAAAAUCCCGAUUUUGCGACCAAACGUUCAUAGUAGUCGAUCUGUGUGUAUUGUGAUUAUUGGAAAAAAUCUACGAUCUACACUCAGUCCUUGUCGAACAAAGGCUAGCUGGGUUUUGUUUACUUCUGAUUGUCGGUAGCUGGAGAGAGCUGGGUAGGAAGUUUAUGGAGUGACGAGUUGAUUCGAUUUCGAAGGAAGUUUAGGGGGUUUCGAAGAAGAGAAAAUCAUGGUGGAAUUCGAGAGUUCGGCGUUGAUAGCGGUUCCUACUGCUUCCGAAGAAGCGAGCGUGUCUUCGUCUGGUGAACAAUUGAUGAUAUUGCCAGCGCCACCCGUAGCUACUACAGCUGAGAAGAAGAAGCGAAAUCUCCCCGGAAUGCCUGAUCCAGAUGCGGAGGUGAUAGCUCUGUCGCCGAAAAGCCUAUUAGCGACGAACCGAUUCGUGUGCGAGAUCUGCAGCAAGGGGUUCCAGCGCGACCAGAACCUCCAGCUCCACCGCCGCGGGCACAACUUGCCGUGGAAGCUCCGGCAGCGGACGGGGACGGAGGUGAGGAAGCGGGUCUACGUGUGUCCCGAGCUGACUUGCGUGCACCACGACCCGAAACGGGCGCUGGGCGAUCUGACGGGGAUAAAGAAGCACUUCUGCCGGAAACACGGGGAGAAGAAGUGGAAGUGUGAGAGGUGUGCGAAGAAGUAUGCGGUGCAGUCGGAUUGGAAGGCCCAUAUGAAGACCUGUGGGACUAAAGAGUAUCGCUGUGAUUGUGGGACUUUGUUUUCUAGGAGGGAUAGCUUCAUCACUCACAGGGCGUUUUGCGAUGCGUUAGCACAAGAGAGUGCUAGAUCAGCUGAAAACCUAGCCAUUGCUAAUUCAGAGGGGAGUCUGAAGAUUCAGACUGUUGUUGCAGCUUCGUCGUCCUCUAGUCCGCCGCCGCCGCCUCUCACUCCGUCCACAGGUGUUCUCUCUCCUGUUCUGUCCAUCCAAAGCUCAGAGGCACCGGAAAACCAUACUGCGGGACUAGUACAACAACCACCAGUGGCGGCAGCCUUGACCACCACCACAACUGCUGCCGCCGGCUCGUCCACCACCAGCAGUAACACCUUAAAUAGCAAUAGCGGCGUGUUUGCUAGUAUAUUUGCAUCAUCCUCAUCGGCACCAGCUGGUCUCCCACAAUCCUCCCAAUCUCCAUCCUCUUACUCUGAUAUGAUCUGUGCCAUGGCCGGCUCAGAGCAAUACAGGACAGAACAACCCAUGUCCCUCUCCCUCUCCUCUUCGCUCUACCUAUCCAACCCCACCGCCUCUUCCCUAUUUCCAACCACCAGCCAUGAGCACCACCGCGCUCAUCAACCGCCCGCUUUAUCCGCCACCGCAUUGCUUCAAAAAGCAGCCCAAAUGGGUGCAACAGGAUCCGGAUCCUCCUUCCUCCGUGGCCUCGGUUUGGAACUGCCGUCAUCGGAAAAUCGCACCCCCACCUCCACUGCCUCUGCCUCCUCCGGCCCUCAUCAGUGGAACAACCACGUUAAGGCAGAGGGGAAUUCCAUGGCAUCUGGGCUGGGACUCGGGCUACCCACCGACGGGCCGGAUCUGAUGAUGGGUCCAUCGUCCAUAUACGGCAACAGGCCCACCACGCUCGAUCUUUUCGGAUUGGGAGUUGGUGAUGGUGGGGCCUCCACUGCCGGGUUUUCUGCAUUGCUUACCUCCAUGGGAGGUGGCAUUGAUGUUGCUGCAGCCGCUGCUGUAUUUGGAGGAGUAAAUUCGAAUGAAGAGUCUUGGGAAGGCCCAUCUGAGAGGAAACCAUCUCUGCUUUAGCACCUCGUUUCACUAGUUUUGCUGUUGGAUUCUGGUUCAUCUCUCUCUUGGUUUUUAUGUCGGAGAGAUUUUUUUUUUUUUUUUGUAUGCGUAGUUAUAUAUAUAUUUAUAUGCAUGUAUGUAGCCUCUCCUUUUUUGUGUAGUUGAAAAGGAACUUGCAGUUUCAAUUUA